CACGUGUGCCUUCAGCUUGCUUGCUUUGAGCCUGUCUAUAAGGAUGACUGGAACUAGGCCUGCAGGGUGUGCUCAGCGUGGCCCAUCCCAGCGUGGUGGUCCUGUGCCUGUUCCCACCUCCUGUUUGCUGUAGCAGAAGUCCCUGUCUCUUUCUUGAGGCCCGGCACCGGUAGCCUUAUGCUGUCCCCCCCGGUGUGGUCUUUGCUGUUGUUGCCCACCCAGCUUGGAAGAAGCAUUGGAGCUGCUCCUCCUGUAAAUUAUACCUGUAAAUUAUAUGGUGUCAUUCCCACUGCUUACCUCUGGAGUAAAUGUGCCUUACAUGAUAACCUGCUACGAAGAGCUGCAUGCCAAGAGGCCCAGGCUUUUGGCAACCAGCUGAUGCCUGCCACUAUGCCACUGAAGAAAGCAACAGUCUUCCUCAACCCAGCAGCUUGCAAAGGAAAAGCUGGGAACCUUUUUGAAAAGAAUGCUGCACCAAUCUUGCAUUUAUCUGGCUUGGAUGUAACUGUGGUUAAGACUGAUUAUGAGGGACAAGCAAAAAAGCUUCUGGAAUUAAUGGAAAACACGGAUCUGAUUAUUAUUGCAGGAGGAGAUGGCACAGUCCAAGAGGUCAUAACUGGACUUCUCCGUAGAGCAGAUGAGGCUGCCUUCAGUAAGAUUCCUAUAGGAUUCAUACCCCUUGGAAAGACUUGCACUUUGAGCCACACACUGUACCCUGAGAGCACGAAUCAAGUCCAACAUAUUACUAAUGCUACAUUGGCCAUUUUGAAAGGAGAAACAGUUCCACUUGAUGUCUUGCAGAUCAAGGGAGAAAAGGAGCAGCCUGUGUUUGCAGUCUCUGGUUUAAGAUGGGGAUCUUACAGAGAUGCAGGAGUUAAAGUUAGCAAGUACUGGUACCUUGGGCCUCUGAAAACCAAAGCAGCUCAUUUUUUCAGUACAUUUAAGGAGUGGCCUCAGAAACAUCAAGCUGCUCUCAUGUACCUGGGUCCAACUGAGAGACCUCCAGAAGAGCCAGAGGAGAAAUCAUCCAGGCCUCCUUUGUAUGUGAGGCUUUACAGACGACUUCGAUUGUACUGGUCAUCUCCAAAAGAAUUACCCCAGGAAGUAGCCCCAGAGAACUGGGAAGAACUGAAGAUGUCCACCAUUGAGCUUUCCAUUGCAACUCGGAACAGACAGCUUGAUCUAACACGCACUGAGGACUUCAUGGACAUUUGCAUUGAAGCAGAGAGUAUCAGCAAAGGGGAGUUUGUUCACAGAGGAAGUCAAAAGGUGCGUGAUCCACAUAUGUGCUCUGAAGGGAGUCAGCGCAUCCAAGCCAGCAGAUGCAUCUUGCAACUUCCAGAGGGCACUGAGGGAUCCUUUGGCAUUGAUAAUGAGGAGUAUGAAGCUAUGCCUGUGGAGGUGAAGCUCUUACCCCGCAAACUCCGGUUCUUCUGCGAUCCCAGAAUGAGAGAGCAGCUACUGCAGGCAGCGGUACAAUGAGAAUUCAUGGCGCAGGGGCCAGUGCUCACCAGUCUUACCAGGGUCUCUUCAAGGCUCAUGUGACCUAACUAACUUGUUUAACCCCACUUGACUAAAAAGCCUUUUGGCUAUUUUUAUGUGUGAGGUACUUCCAUUGGAAGUGUAUGAUUUGACUGAUCACAGAGGGGUUAAAAAGGCAAAUGAAAAUUCUGAAAAAUGCAUGUUAACUUGAUGGCAUCUUUUUUUCCACCUCCCCUAAGAAGUCAUCAUUGUUCCAUUUACAGCACUGCAGGCUGAGUGCUGUGUGCCAGAUGCUACUGCUGUAAUGCCAUUGUAUAUUAAAGUAAAAUUUAAGUAUA